UAAGCAUGUGAAAUCCACCACAGCCUCCUUUCAGGAUAUUAACAAAGCCGGCCCUUAUAAAUGCUGGACCCUGGGGAAUCGUCCUAGUAAUUCAUUAGAAUAGUUUUGCAAAUUUUUAUCACUCUGUUAUUAUAGGAGACUAUGGAUUGAAAUGGUGCAAUGCUCCGUGAGACAGUGUGGCGAGUUUGGAUCUGCUGGAUAUUGAUGAGUUUUGGGCCUCAGUGGGGAGUUCAGAACACAGUUGCACAUAGCUGUCACGAAGUUAAAACAGCUUUCCAACUGCGGCAGAUUGGCCCUUUAAAAUGGGUCCCAGAAACAGCAGCAACAGAUGCAGAACUCCAAAUCUGCAAACACCAGGGUCCAACCUGCUGUACACGCAAAAUGGAGGAGAGCUACCACGUUGCUGCACGCAGGGGCACCCUGCAGAACAUUCUCUCGUACAGCCUUGAGCUAAAGUAUCUCAUCAUUGCCCAUGCUGCAGCUGUCCAGGACACCAUCCAUUCCCUGCUGUCUUUCACGCUCAACCACACACUCUCACUCCUCGACCUUGCCUACAAACCAAUUGCACCUGAGUCCCGUCCCUUAGUCUCGGCCCUCUUCUCUGACCUCGCCCUCUACCUGCAUGGCAAUGAUGAUGUCUCUGUUGUCCGCUCUGUGCGGCGCUUUUUUGAUGAGCUAUUUCCACUGGUCUAUCGACACCUGGUGAACCCAGGGCUGGCAUCUUCCACCUGGUCAGCAGAGGGUGCUGAAUGCCUCCGCGCGACAAGGCAAGACCUCAACCCGUUCGGCCCUCACCCACAGGCACUGGGACAUGGGCUGGCACGGGUGUUAGGGGUUGGUCGAUCACUCAUGCAGGCGCUAACAGUGGGCGUUGAGGUCCUGAAUGCCUCAGAAUCAGCAGGCAUGGCAAAAGAUUGUGGAAAAGCAAUAGUGAGGAUGCAGUUCUGCUCACAUUGCAAGGGGCUCACACUGAUCCGGCCAUGCCAGGGGCUUUGCUUGAAUGUGAUGAGAGGUUGUCUGGCAGGAUUUGCGGAGCUGCAAGAGCCAUGGAGCCGCUAUAUUGCUCUACUGGAGGGCACAAGUGCAGCACUGGCUGGAGGGCAUAAGCUUGAGCUGAGUCUUUUGGGCAUUCGCGAGAGGAUCAAUGAUGCCAUCCUGAGUGCCCAGCUGAAUGGACCACAUCUCAGCGCCAUUGUUGAAAAGGUGUGUGGUCCUCUCACUGAGUCUGCGUUGUCAACUCAAGAAGGUCCAACACAACAGAGCCCAGCAUCACAAAGUACUGCAGGGUUGGACCAGAGCUCAACUGUGGAGUCCGCCUCUUCCGUCCCGUCCUUAAGUCCUACAGUACAGGACAAAUCUGAUGAUCAUCAAGACAGCCAUGUUACUCUAAAGAAAAGAUCAUUGCCUAUAAAACCUUCCAAGCAUGACAAGCCCAGAAGUCUGAAGAAGAUCUCUAAGGAGUUUAUGAGCUACAUUCAGCGGUACAAGUCUUUCUUCUCCAUGCUGCCAGAGGUGCUAUGUGACAAUGAGAUGGUGCUGGAUGAACAUACCUGUUGGAAUGGCGAAGACGUGGUGGAGAGCUACAUGGGUUCUGUGGUUGGGAAUGGCCUCCAGGCUCAAAGACAAAACCCUGAGAUUAAGGUCAGAGGUCUGGACCCAGUUUUAGUCGAGGCCAAAGAGACACUGGAGAGAUUUAAUCAGGAUAUGGUGGCUGAAAUGGGACUGGAUGAUGUGCGGCAUAAACACUUGCAUUUGGACAGUGGCAGUGGAGCCGAAACCAGUGGCGAAUGUGAUGAUGAAGAUGGCUGUGCAAGUUCAGGAGAGGAUGAAGAGGAAAUAGGGCAUGUCAUCCCCUCCUUCUCUCCUCCCUCUGUGAGACAAGGUUCUGGACUAUCCAUUAAAGGAGCAGCAUGCAGUACAGACUCAUCCUCACUCCUGCUCUUUCUUUCUCUCCCCCUCAUGCUGCUUUCUCACCUGCACUUCACCUAAAGCCCCAAGGACACAGCUGAGGACUGAAGUAUGCACUUGCACUGGACACUUAGAUGUCUACAUGUUGAUCCAACUCACUUUGUCACGUGUAACCGCUCUCUACACUAAACCCUGGAGAAAGUGCCUUGUUUUUGACUUAGUUUAUGUUACGAGUUACAUUUUGCACAUGAGCUUGUGUGCUGUUUCCUGUUUUGUAGAAUCUGAGUGGCAGCUUAUAAUCAACUAAAAAAUUAUUGGCACUCUUCAGGGCAAAAAUUACUUCAAAUUUUGUGUCUAAAUCAUCACACACCCAGAGCUGUUGAGGUACUUUCUAAGCUCUGGGUGUGAUAUAUAACAGUGUUGCUGACUUCUCUAUUCUGAUUGAUUAAUUUUGUAUAAUGGCUUUUUGGCAUAUCACAGCUUUAUAUUGAUUUACUCAUCCAUAAUAUGUUAUCGUUUUUUGUAGUAAUAGCUUACAUGUUAUGGUGGACCCCCCCACAAAAGGAUAAAAUGCAAACACAUAUUCAUUGAUAUCUUUUCUAUGAAAAAAACUAAAGUUUCUAAUAUUUUAAUGACAAAUAAGUUUACAAUUUGCAGUUUUUAGAUAAUAUAGUCUUGCCUUAUUAACACAAAAAAGACAAAAGACAACAACAAAAACACUGGGAUACAGGUAAGGCAGCAGCUCCUAUAACAUAAGUGAUAUCAGGAACUAACUUGUUUUAUGUUCGUUGCACAAUAAUGCAUGUACCUAUAAAUGAAAAGUGCAUCACAUUUUCUUUGGCAAAUUGGUGAACUAUAAGAGCAAUGACAUUUCUUUGGGAUGUAUUAGUAGGGAAAUUAACAGCAUCAUGGUGGAAACAAAACAGUAACUUAAAACAGUUAUAGCUUUUUAAGUUUAAAGCAGGAGUUAGUAAACAUGAUUCAAUAAUAAUGCUCCAGUUUCUUUUGUGCAGUCUAAACUCACUCAUUCUGAUAUUGUUAAAUAAUUUUUUUUUUAGAAAUGUAGAAUGGCUGAGCGUGAAUGACGUGAUCUCUUUUGAGUUGAAUGUGUAACGAUUUAGGCAGGCGUCUAGCAUGAAUUCUUCACAUGUAAGUUAAAUUGACUAUAUUGUUCAGAGAUUAAAGUAAAGAAGCUAACUUCAGACUCAAACAUGGGUUCGACAUUACAUUUCGGGUAAGUGAAAACAUUGAGAAUAUUUUUAUAUAAGUUUUACUGAAACCAGUUGUUGAAACAAAAAUCGCUGCUGUUCAAAUUAAAACAACAACCGCACCUCAUACUAUUGUUGUAGCCAUGUGGAAAGGUGUUUGUUGCUGUGUAUGUGUAUAUGUUUGGUAAUGUUUAUGAAGUAUACAUAAGUAAUGAGAGCAGUAGUAAUAUUUUAGUUCUAUUUCAAUUAACUUUUAGUAUAAUACUGGGAUUUUAGGUAACAUAAAUUAUUUUUUAAAAACAAAAGCAUAUUUGUGUGGAAAUGUAUGCAAAUAGGAAGUACAGCAGUCUGGGUUGUAUAUGGUGUAAGUAACUAACAGCAUAUUGGCUACAGCAUGACACUGAUAUGACAAAAAUAUGUUUGAACAGCUUAACAUGUGUAAAUCUGUCAGUAAAAUAGUGUCCGAUUUAAGAAAUAUACACAGUCCUUGUUUUUCCCCUAAUAUUUACAUGCAUGUACAACUUGUUUAUUCAAUUAAACAUUUUGAUACAUUUGAUAAAAUUUGUUUUUAAAACACUGACACUGGAUUGUGUCAGAUUCCCAGGAAUAAUAGAAGUAACCAAAAUGUCAAAACUGCCUUUUAUUCAUAAAUAACACAUAUUUGUCAACUGCAUGCACCUUUUUCAUUUCAGAAACUGGCUAAUUUAUUGUAAUUUGGGCCUCCUGACACUUUAUCACUAAUGCUGAUGAAUUAAUUAAGGAAGGUACUUAUUCCUGUUGCUAAAUUAUUAGAAAAACAAUUUUAAUGUCAGUAGAUGCAUCAUAGUGGUACAUAAUAAAGCCUUAUGUAUGAUUUUACCUCAAUCUAUGAUUCCUUUCUAAUACUGAUGUUUAAGAAGGUACACACAGUGAAGUACACAAAUGAACAAACAAAAAAUAUAAAUACUACUAAUACAACUAAAUACUACUAAUAUAAGCAAUCUGAAUAAUGGGUAACUUUCCAAUGUAUGUAUGUAAUUUGCAAGGUUUUCUCUUUGCUAUAUAAAUUGCUGAUUAUAAGAUGAAAUAAAG